AGAAUGGAGAUAGUCACUGGCUGCGGCCAAGCGAGAGAAGACAAGAGCCUGAGCUCACCCGGGAAGAACCAGGACCAGGUGAUAUAACAGAGACAACAGCACAAUGACAACAUUAGUGGGGCUUCAUGGAGAACUUGCUAUUUGCCAGGCACAGUCCCAAGAACUUUAUAUAUAUUAUCUCAUUUAAUUGACACAAUAACCCUAAGAGAUCGGUUAUGAGAUGGGAGACAUUGGAGGAUUUUAAGCAAGGGAGCAUUGUGAUCUCCCGUCUCUGUGGAUGGCUUUCUUCACCUCUUUGUGACGUUGCCAACAAGGAGCAACCCGAAAGGGAUGCUGAAGAAUACCAGCCUCCAAUAUGGAAAUCAUACUUGUAUCAGUUACAGCAAGAGGCCCCCCGUCCCAAGAGGAUCAUUUGUCCUGGGGAGGUGGAAAACAGACCAAAAUAUUAUGGAAGAGAGUUUCAUGGGAUCAUCUCCCGAGAGCAGGCAGAUGAGCUUCUCGGAGGCGUGGAGGGCGCCUACAUUCUUAGAGAAAGCCAGCGCCAGCCAGGGUGCUACACAUUAGCACUAAGGUUUGGAAACCAGACCUUAAACUACAGGCUCUUCUAUGAUGGAAAACACUUUGUGGGUGAGAAGAGGUUUGAAUCGAUUCACGAUCUGGUCACAGAUGGCUUGAUAACGCUGUACAUAGAAACAAAAGCUUCUGAAUACAUUUCCAAAAUGACAACAAAUCCCAUCUAUGAACACAUUGGAUAUGCCACUUUACUCAGAGAAAAAGUAUCCAGGAGGCUAAGCAGGUCUAAAAACGAAUCAAGAAAAGCCAACGUCACAAAUGAAGAACACACAGCGGUUGAAAAGAUCUCCUCCCUGGUCCGAAGGGCCGCCCUCUCACACAACGACAACCACUUCAACUAUGAGAAGACACACAACUUUAAGGUCCACACGUUCCGAGGCCCGCACUGGUGUGAAUACUGCGCCAACUUCAUGUGGGGGCUUAUUGCCCAAGGGGUCCGAUGCUCAGACUGUGGAUUGAACGUACACAAACAGUGUUCCAAGCAUGUUCCCAAUGACUGCCAACCUGAUCUCAAGAGGAUCAAGAAGGUGUACUGUUGUGACCUGACAACACUCGUGAAGGCUCACAACAUGCAGAGACCCAUGGUGGUAGACAUAUGCAUUCGGGAAAUUGAAGCAAGAGGAUUAAAGUCAGAAGGGCUUUAUAGAGUUUCCGGGUUUACUGAACACAUCGAAGAUGUCAAAAUGGCCUUUGACAGAGAUGGUGAAAAGGCCGAUAUAUCUGCCAACAUCUAUCCAGACAUAAACAUCAUCACUGGAGCCCUUAAACUGUAUUUCAGAGACUUACCCAUUCCUGUCAUCACCUAUGAUACCUAUUCCAGAUUUAUAGAAGCAGCAAAAAUCUCCAGUGCGGAUGAGAGGCUGGAAGCAGUCCACGAAGUGCUGAUGCUGCUUCCCCCUGCCCACUAUGAGACCCUCCGGUACCUGAUGAUCCACCUAAAGAAGGUGACUCUGAAUGAAAAGGACAAUUUCAUGAAUGCUGAAAAUCUGGGGAUCGUAUUUGGGCCCACGCUGAUGAGGCCCCCUGAGGACAGUACCCUCACCACCCUCCAUGACAUGCGGUACCAAAAGCUGAUUGUGCAGAUUUUAAUAGAAAACGAAGAUGUUUUGUUUUAAUCCACCAGGGAAGUGAGCUGAAUGGCCCCAGCCCCAUCUAAGUUGAUAAGGCUAAAGAAAUAAAAACAUCUUUUACACUUGAUUUGUUUUCCAAACAAGUGGCGGAAUUUCCUGGACCACAGAGGAUCGCCAUGUCGGCUAUUGUGUCUCAUAGACACUGGCCCCCUCCACAGGAGAACAGCAAGGAUGAAGGUGAGAAAAAGCCCUCGCCUGGGUCUUUGCUGUGCCUCGUAUGUCUGUUUUGCUGGAAGAGUGAUUAAUAAAUCUUUCUUUAACUUAUUAAAAAACAACGUAGACCUUUAAACUUCAGUCUUAUCAGUAAUAAAAGGGAACUUAAUUCAGAGGUACUUGAUACAGUUAUACAUUUUCCACUUACAAAAAGAAGACAAUUCUAUG